AUGUCGACAAACUCGUCGGAAAGAACCAUCACCACCUCCAACCCCAAUUCGACCGCCACGUCGAACUCCUUAGCCUCGGCACAUCACUUUGUGUCUAUCAAACUCACGUCGCGUAAUUUUCUAUUCUGGCGUACCCAAUUAGUCCCGUUUCUCAAGGGACAAGAAUUGUUGGGUUUUGUUACUGGCGAAACGCCGUGCCCGGCUCCAACCGUGACCAGUCCGACACCCACCGAUUCAUCCUCCGGUGUGGCCUCGACGCAACUCCCGAAUCCGGACUACAAGCACUGGGUUCGUCAGGAUGCGUCAAUUUUGUCGCUGCUGGUGUCUUCCAUGGCCGACGAAGUCUUACAUCUUGCCGUCGGUCGGAAUACCUCUAAGGAGGUUUGGGACUCCAUAACCACCGCCCUCGGAUCCAGCUCCCGCGCCCGGUGUUUGAACCUUCUAGGACAAUUCCAGUCCUUACGACAAGGGAGUAUGACGGCGGCGGACUACAUAGGCCAGGCGCAACUCCUCGUGGAAGCCCUCUCCUUGGCCGGCCGGCCACUCUCGCUGGAUGAGCAGAACCUCUGGGUCCAGCGACGCCUAAAAACGACGUCGUCGGACAGUUAG